AUGGCUAGAGAACAUAUACCACAAGAGAUAGUGAUGAAAAUCUUUGUUAGGCUCCCCGUAAAAUCUGUGCUGCGAUUCAGAACCUUAAGCAAAUCCUACAAUGCUCUCACUAGAGAAACCAGUUUCAUCACUGAACAUCUUUCUCACUCCAUUGAAAAGGCAAAAAGCAAGCCUAACUUUCUGACGUUUCACCAAACAAACAAGUUUUUCAUUUCAUUGGUCUCUAAGGAUGAACAAUUAAUACCCCAUGCAAUUGAUCUGAAGCCACCAUUCAUCUUCAUACACAAUGUAAACAAUAUCACAGCCCAUGCUCAUUCCAAUGGCAUUUUCUACCUUGAAUUGUUGGGUGGUGUUCCCCACAACCCCAAUCCAAAGAUUCUCUGGAAUCCAGCCACAAGAGAGGUAAAGUUUCUUCCUUUCCCUCCUCCAACGAGACAUGCACACAACACUUUCUUCCAUGUGGCACACGGGUUCGGCUUUGAUCCCAAAACAAACGACUACAAGGUUGUGAACAUUGUAGUGGGUGCAUAUUUUUUCUUGAAGGAAUAUGAAAAGCUCAGUGUUCAAGUAUACAGUCUUCGUUCCGAUUCAUGGAAAAAGAUUAAUGUUGGUGUCCUUGCUAAAUACAUAGCUAAGUCCAUGUUUAAUGCUUAUCUGAAUGGAGCUUAUCAUUGGUUAGCUGAAUCUGAUAAUGUUGAAUUUGUGCUAUGUUUUGACAUGAGUGAUGAUGUGUUUUGGAAAAUGAACCUUCCCCAAGUUAUAUCUCAGGAGGAGAACAACAAAUUUUACAUUAGGCAUUCAAAUAUUGUUGUUUUGAAUGAUCGUGUUGGUUAUGUUAGGGAGUACAUGCGUUCUGAGUUUCGUUUUGAGAUUUGGAUGAUGAAUGAAUAUGGCGUGGAAGGUUCUUGGGUGAGAAUGUUUAACCUUGCCCGUGGACCUUGUCCUGAAAUUCUUUUGGAGUUCUGGAAUAAAGACGAUGAAGAUAUUUUUGUACUAGGAGGAGAUGAGUAUCAACCGUUGGUUUUGCACAAGAUUGGUAAACAAGAGGUGGUGAAAGAGUUUCCUCUUCGCUUAGGAAUUGAGAAUCGUGCUUUUAAAUAUGUGGAAAGUCUUGUUCCUCUAUCUGGUUUGGUUCAUGAGGAAGCUUGA